ACUUGAGUUUUGAGGAGACCCAUGCGUAUCUUACGAACAUGCACGCAUCCUCUAACGAAUAAUACGGUGCAACUUCAUUUAACAGCGAACGCCAAAAUAAUCGACAGCAAAAUUUCCGCAUUAGCCCAUUAGACCUGCACAUACACCCGAAAACCAUGUCGACGGUCUUCUCUUUCCAGACACAGCUCGUCUCCAUCAUGGACGCACUAUCCAAAACAGCUGUAAUUGAAAUAAGCAAACUGGUCGAGAUUGAGUCAAAGAUGCUGAAAAUAGAGAUAACUCGUGGACGGAAUGAGAUAGCCUCGCUCACAGAGAAACUGCAGCUGAUGGAGAAGUUGCUCUACAUGGCACAGGGCGGCAGGCAGGACGUGGCUGCUGCAGUUUGCAUGGUGAGGGAGGACGAAACGUGUGAGCCUGACAGAACAAGACCUGCAAUCAAAAGGUAGGCCGGAUUUGUCCUGUGUGUUAUCUGGGUACGCAGUUAGUAUUUGCAUUGUAGCCUUUCUGUCUGCAACUCCCUGUCUGUCUGGUGUUUAUUGCAUUUUUUCAUCCUAGUGAGAGCAGAUGGGAAAACAUAACUUCUCCUAUCGAGAGGAGCAGUUUGCAUCAAGAUGAAGAACAUGCAGCAGUUGAUGUAAGUCCUGCAACUUACAGAAGAUCCUACUGUACUGUGUUUUCCCACUAAUAGAUAUAUUUAUUUAUUUAUUUAUUUUUUAUAGCUCAUUAGUUCACCCAAAGGGCAGCCUGAAUUGAUCAUGGUGAAGGAAGAGCCACCAGAGCCAGACACUCAAGACACUGAACAUAAUAAAACAUGUGAAAAUAGUAAGUACUGAAUAAUCAUUUAAAGAGAAAUUCUGGUAUAAAAUUAAGUAAGGGUCAAACACACCAUAACACCGAGUUAGACACCCCCUCGAGAGAUGAAUGUUGCUGACUGCUUGCUUCUCUAGUAAUACCAACUUCAGAUACGACUGCAUGAUAGCAAUACACAGCGGUCUAUGGAGCCACACACAAACCUCAACCAAAAUGCCACUCUCUUAUGCUCAGAACAGCACCUAACUUCCUGAACAGUACAUAUAGGGUCCCAGCCAUAGCAUUUCUUGUGGCUUUUUGGUUGAGCGCGUGGCUCUCUGUAUUGCUAUCUGUGGUCGUUACUAAAGUUGGUAUAACUAGAGAAGCAAGCAGUCAGCAACAUUCAUUUUUCGAGGGGGUGUCUGACUCGGCUUUAUGAUGCAUUUGACCCCAAAUUCAUUUUACGCCAGGAUAUCUCUUUAAUGUCUUAAUUGUAUGCACACGUUUUGACUUGGCUUUGAAAAAAAACAUGGACUUUGGGUGAAGGGAAAAGUGUUGCACAAUUAUCAUAAAAGUUAUUAUGUGUUGGUGUUCAACCCCUGAGUUAUAAAGAUCUACAAUGUGAAAAAAUAAAAAUAAAUUUCCUCUUUGCAGGACAGGAAAUUGUCCCAGACAUUCACAAGAGUCUGGAUGAGAUGCAUCACCUAAAACCUGUUGCAGAACAUCAGCAGCCUCUGUUGCCUUGUUAUGUGAAACUGGGUACACAGCCCUCUCUCACUGGUCCAGGAAGGAGGGAGACACAGUGGAAUCCACAGCUUAGACCUGCACAUGCAAAUGUAGUGGCUGGAAAAAACUUGGCUCAAAAUGUUGCCUCCCAAAGCACAGGUGUCCUCCGGAAUGCAAAGCUUCACAACCUGAGAAACUCAGCUGCUAAGAGGUUUGGCUGUUUGCAGUGUGGCAAAGGAUUCAGGUGCUUUAGCCAGCUUGAAAUACAUCAAAGAAGUCACACAGGAGAGAAGCCGUUCAGGUGCACGCUGUGCGGGAAGAGAUAUGCACAAAAAGGGCAUCUGUAUACACACCAGCGCACACACACUGGAGAGAAGCCAUACCGCUGUCCUAUCUGUGGAAAGGGCUUUAUUCAGAAAUGCACUCUCGAUAUGCAUCAGCGUACUCACACCGGAGAAAAACCGUUUGUCUGUAUUAAAUGCGGGAAAGGGUUUACAAAGAACUGUAAUCUAAAAAAGCACCUGGCUGUACAUCUCGAUCCUAGUCUGAACAUGUUUGGUUGUGAAUCUGCUGCAUCUACUUUUGGUGGGACAUUCAUAAAUGGUACAACUUAAACAGUCUCCUAAUGCUACUCAUCCUGAUCCUGCUUGGUUUUAAUGCUUGAGAUUAAUAAAGUUCUCUUUUCUCCAGAUGUGAGUGUACAUCAUUGUGUUUUUCCUUUUGAAAUAUAACAGAAAUAGAUGUAAAUCUGUGCCAACAUUUACCUCACAAGUGAUUGAUUCAGUGCUGAUUUUCUUCAUGAUGGAGAUAUAGGGGAGAGUGGGGUAAAAUUAACCAUUUUUCAUAUUUCAGAUCAUUAUAGUUUUGUCUCUAACUAGUGUAUCUGCAUAUAUUUCAUGAUGUUGUGCAUCCCUGCAAACCAACAGAAUGAGUGUAAACAUAACAGUCUUGAUAAAACAGCAUGCCAAUAAAAAGUGGUCUCCUAUUGUCAACUUACCCCGUGUAUGGGGUAAGUUGACCAUAGUUCUGUUUUUAGGUCUUGGUACGAUAAAGGUAUUAGGGUUAUAGGAGACUUUAUUGACAAUGAUGGUGUUUUCAUGUCUUUUAGAAUGACUGAGAAUAAGUAUGGAGUUCCAAGAAAAGACUUCUUCGCUUAUCUACAGGUUCGCCACUUUAUAAAUAUGAGCACUGAGUUUCCUUCAGACCAACCCAGUCUUCGGCCUUUGGAAAAAUCUAUUAUGUACCACACACAGAAAAAAGGUUUAAUUACAUACUUUUAUAACACAUUCUUGGGUCAGAACAAACACAACUUGGACAAUCAGGUGGGGAAAUGGGAAAAGGAUUUAGGAUCUGAAUAUGAUGAGGACUGCUGGAUGGUGUCCUUAAUUUAAAGUUUUAUUUAUUUUCUGCAAAUAAUUAUUGAGACAUAUUUUUGUAUUAAAACGGGAAACCCAAUAAAAUAUUGUUAACCUUCACAGACUGUUCGGGUCAAAUUUGACAUGUUUUGACUUUUAACAGCAGUAAAAAUACCCUAAACAUCAUUCUUUAAGCCUGAAACUUGAUGACUUUUCCUGAAGUGGCCCAAAAUACAUGAAAUUAAUUUUAAAAUAUUCAUGUGUAUUUUUGUAUAUUUGCUACAGAUUUUUCCCAUCUGAGGCUGUUGCGGUUUAGAUUUGACCCGCAUCUAUUUAGAUGGAUUUUAGAUCUACCGGUGUGGGACAAGUGACAAGCAGUGAGAACAGUGUUCAAUAUAAAGUUUGUUGUUCAAUAAAAUAUAUUCAAAUCAU